CCCGUCAACGGAACGUGAAUCAAACUUCCCCGAUCAGAUUUUCAGGUUUGUCCUCGACGAGCUCACCUCGGAUUUUCGACUCUCUUAGUCAGAAUCCCUGAUUUAGAUCGAUCGAAGUAGUGUGUUUUUGACUGUUGAAGCUAAUCUCGUCAAGGAUUACUAGCUAUGAACACUAUCGUUGCGCAGUUGCAGAGACAAUUUCAAGACUACAUCGUUUCUCUGUAUCAACAGGGAUAUCUUGAUAAUCAGUUCUCUGAGUUGAGAAAAUUGCAAGAUGAAGGCACCCCUGAUUUUGUAGCUGAGGUUGUCUCUCUCUUCUUUGACGACUGUGCUAAGCUUAUAAGUAACAUGUCUAGAUCACUGGCCAGGCCAGAUAAUGUGGAUUUCAAACAGGUAGAUUCAGGGGUGCAUCAACUCAAGGGUAGUAGCUCAAGUAUCGGUGCAAGGAGGGUUAAAAAUGUGUGUAUAGCUUUCAAGGAAUGUUGCGAUGUUCAGAACCGUGAAGGGUGUUUAAGGUGUUUGCAGCAGGUGGAUUAUGAAUAUAAGAUGCUAAAGACCAAACUUCAGGAUCUGUUUAAUUUAGAGCAACAGAUCCUCCAAGCUGGAGGUAAAAUUCCUCAAGUGGAUAUAAAUUAGACUGAUGCGUUUCUCGUUUAUGCAAAUGCUCAAGGCUGAAGUCUAAAGACAUGAUGAUGAUACCGACACUCUGAAGUAUUUAUUGUUGUUGUUGUUGUUGUUGUUGUUGUGUGAAUGUGUUUUAGAUCGAGGUUCAGCAACACUAUCCCUAGCCAAAUAUCUUGUAUUGUUUAGACUCUUAAUUGAGCUAUAACUAUAAGAGUAAUUGUAAGUUAAUAACUAGACAUAUCCAUAUGACCAUAUAUAUGCUGGCUUCAGGAUGUGUUUUGUGACCAAUCAGAUAUGAAUGGCAAUGUUGAUACAAUAUUGAUA